CCCUCCCCACCUCUAGGCAUUGCUCGACACCUGGCCCACCCUUCUCCAAUCAGCGGGCUGAUCUGGGUGUAUAAACCAGGAGGGAGGCCCCAGGGCCCCUGAGGUCUUCAGAGAGCAUACUCCGGGUGUCACAAGACUCAGAGACCUGGCUGAUGCUCACGUGCAAUAAUUAACAACUGAGUGGCCUUCGCCCAUUCUCACACUCCAUUCCUGGGCUCCAUUCCCACUGCUCGCCCCACUGCUCAUCUCCUAGGCUACUAAGCCUUGGUUGUCCCCUGGAAUAAAGCAAGGGGAGUGUAGAACACAGCCGAAGCCUGGCCCAGUCUGAGAACUGCCUCCUACCCCAGGAUCUGACAUGGCUCGUCUGGUGACAACACAGUUGCUGCUCCUUCUGGUGUGGGUGGCCCCAGUGGGUGCCCAGCCCAGGACUCUGAGGGCAAGGACAGACCUUCUCAAUAUCUGCAUGGACGCCCAGCACCACAAGGAAAAGCCAAGCCCGGAGGACAAGUUGCAUGAUCAGUGCAGUCCCUGGAAGAGUAACGCCUGCUGCUCCACCAACACCAGCCAGGAAGCCCACAAGGAUAUUUCCUACCUGUACAGGUUCAACUGGGAUCACUGCGGAGCGAUGGAGCCCGCGUGCAAGCGACACUUCAUCCAGGACACCUGCCUCUAUGAGUGCUCUCCCAACUUGGGACCGUGGAUCCAACAGGCGGACCAGAGCUGGCGCAAGGAGCGCAUCCUCGACGUGCCCCUGUGCAGAGAGGACUGCCAGCGCUGGUGGGACGACUGCCGCGGCUCCUUCACCUGCAAGAGCAACUGGCACAAGGGCUGGAACUGGACCUCUGGGCAUAACCAGUGCCCCGUGGGGGCCGCCUGCCACCCCUUCCACUUUUACUUCCCUACGCCUGCCGCUCUGUGCGAGGAAAUCUGGAGCCAUUCCUACAAGGUCAGCAACUACAGCCGGGGGAGCGGCCGCUGCAUCCAGAUGUGGUUUGACCCAGCCCAGGGCAACCCCAACGAGGAGGUGGCCAGGUUCUAUGCCGAGGCCAUGAGCGGAGCGGGGCUCCGUGGGGCCUGGCCCCUCAUGUGCAGCCUGCCCUUAGUACUGCUCUGGCUGCUCAGCUGAGCGCCUCUUGCCUCCCUAAUACCUGGGUGACCCUGCCUGCUUAGCCACGCGGCGCCCAGCCUCCUUUGAGGCAGGGCCCCUGACAGCCGGUUGAAAUAAACCAGACAUUUCACACGUGC